GGAACCUCGCGUGCAGAGGUUGCUAAGGCUGAGCGCACAGGGAAGCUUUUGGGUGCUGCACCGCCGUACGCAAUGCCCUUCAGCCUAGAGCGCGGAGGAGGACGGUAGCUCGGUCACGGCGUUUGGAGUCGUUGUUUUUCCUAUAGUUGGAGUCGAGGUCAAACCUCUCGUGGAACCUGCCUCAAGAUGAUGAACGGCCGGCCGGGCCAUGAGCCCUUAAAAUUCUUGCCGGACGAGGCCCGGAGCCUGCCCCCGCCCAAGCUGAACGACCCGCGGCUUGUCUACAUGGGCUUGUUGGGCUACUGCACGGGCCUGAUGGACAACAUGCUGCGGAUGCGACCGGUGAUGAGAGCAGGUUUGCACCGCCAGCUUCUGUUCGUUACGUCCUUUGUCUUUGCUGGAUACUUUUAUUUAAAACGUCAAAACUAUUUGUAUGCUGUGAAGGACCAUGACAUGUUUGGUUAUAUAAAAUUACACCCAGAAGAUUUUCCUGAAAAAGAGAAGAAAACCUAUGCUGAAAUUCUUGAGCCAUUCCAUCCAGUGCGUUGAAGUUUUCAAAAGGCUUGUUCCUGUUCCUCUUCACCACAACCUGAAUAUUUUCUGAGUUUUAUGGGAUUUUCUGUGACAGUGAAGUUUAGGUUAAGAUGUUAACACUGUUAUUAAAAUAGUUAUUACAAAUCA